UAACCUGUUUUUUUUUUUAACGAGAAACUCUCUAAUUUUGUUAUGAGUUAUCAUAAGAAGGAACAACAAUGAGUUUCAAGAGAGCUUACAUCCGAGAAAAAAGGACAAUGGUGGCCGGACUCAUUCCAAAUCUGCACAAUUUUCAUAUACCAAUCAAAAUAUCAUUUCUCCUUUUAUUUGUUAAAGAAGCUCUUAAUGGGCGUUAUGUUUAUUAAAGAAGGCUUAUUAACGGGCUUUAUUUGUUAAAGAAGCUCUUAAUGGGCUUUAGAGAAGCCACAGGAGAGAACUCUGUUUCUUCUUCCUCGUCCUCGCCUUCUCUCUCAAAGACAUACUCCAUCCAUGGCGGAUACAAGCGGCAAUGAUCUAGCCGAAUCGCUACAGAACCUCUUCACGAGUGUAUCGUCCAUGGUGAAAUCCGAGCUCCAGGGAACGAACAAUCAGCUGGAUCUGUUGGAGAAGAUGAACCUGAGAGUUGCGGCGGAGUACGAUGAUCUGGGUGACGUGGCGGCUGGGCUGAGGGUUUUCGCGGAGCAGAUGAAGUCGAAAAGCGGAGGCCUGGAUGAGUUCGUGGGACAGAUGGAUGCGAUAGAGAAACAAGUGUCGGAGUUUGAAGCUGUCAUCUCUGUUCUCGAUCGUUAUGUCUCUGUCUUAGAAUCCAAAGUCCGAGCUGAGUGUCGUCAUCAUCAUCAUCAUCAACAUCGUAGGUCUAAUGAGACUGUUACAGAAUGAUUCAUACCAUUGUAAUAAUAGUCAGUCACCAUCACUCUUGUUUUUUUUUUUUCCCUCACUCUUUUUUCAUCAUCACCAAUGUGGAAACUUGUGGAAACUUAACCAAACUGUAAUUGGAUUAACCAAA